CAAACGCGUUUUCCAGUGGCGCUUUUUCUCCGAGUUCACUAACAAUCGGCGUUCAGUGUUGCCGCUUAAAUGUUCACGUUGCUCCUGUAACAGCGAACAGAAAGCGUUUUAAAGGACAAAUGCGGGCUUUUUAAAAAGUGCUUUUAUCUUAUUGAGGUCAGCCAUUUGCUGCGUCUCAUAGAGCCCAAAUAUGAAGUGUACAGCACAUAGUGAAGAUUCCACAGUUUUAAGCCACAUGGAGAAACCUGAAACAGACCUCAAUGAAGUCAAGGGUCACACCGUUUCACCACGAAAAUCAGCUGGCCCUCGUCCCCCUGCGGCCUCCAACAUCUCCACCCCUCUGGAGAGCAGAAGUAAAGGCCCUCACAAUAAAGAGAACUUCCGGGACAAGUGCCCGACGCAGGAUGUGGCGUCCGAUGAUGAGGUCGUUCUGACCAGUUUCGGCGAGGACAGCGGAUACCUUUCCCUCCAAAACAGCCGGGUUGAACACGUGGAGGUGGACAGUGUGGACUCAUUGGAAAGGGGUGAAGAGAAAUGCGUGUCCUCUCAGUCCUCGGACAUUGAGUGUCAUUCUACGCCCUGUCUGCCCGUGCUCAAGUUCCAGGAGGAGGUGUGCAGGGAACUGGUGAGAAGCUUUAAAAAGAGCAGAAGUUACGAUUGGACGGUCGUCGGUAAAGUUGCUGAGAAUUAUGGACUUCAUAAUGUGAUUGGUGGGAAAAUGGGACUGGAGUUUGUGGACACUCUUUCUGGCCUGUUGAGGAAAGACAUGCGGCACAUUCUUGCCAGGAUCUUGGGCCUGCUGGGAGAUCGUGACUUGAUAAGCUGUAAAAAAGUGAGCCGGUCGUGGCGGAAAAUCAUCUGCCAGGAUCAGAUGGCCCUUCGGAGGUGCAGAGAAGCUGAGAGAGCACAAAGGGAUUCUGGACGGCAUGUGGGAUCUUUGUCUCGGGACUUCACCUUAAGCAGGGUGGUGUUCUCUUGUAUGCAGGGCGUUGCCUCUACACCCAUUCACAAAGCUGUUAAAAAGUCCCAGUGCCAGAUGAGCGGAGGGCAAACAGCAUCCAGACCGAGUCGCUUCCUACAGUUUCGUGAGGUUGCUAAAUCACUUAAACAGCAUGAAUCUCUGCGGGCGUGUGUCCUCUGCGGCUCUCCGGCACGCUUUGACGGAGCCAUGCAGCGGGCAAUCUGCACGCGCCACAGCUGCGCGUUUGAAUGUUGCACACGGUGUCAAUCAACAUAUCACGGUUCUGCCCCGUGCCGCAGCUCCGUCCGGACUUGCUCCUCGUCCCAAAACACACUCAUCGCCGGAUCCGCUCGGAGCAAAAGGAGCGUCCGGCGUCUCUGAGCACCUGUGCCUGGAGAGAGUCUCCGUUACCAAGAACUUGAAAAAUGAACUGCCUCUUAUGCGUUUUGAAAGAAUAUGAAUCUUUUGCACAUUUUUGAAUGUGAAGUGAAUUUGGCUGCGUUUGUGGCCGCUGCACAAAGACACUACAAUCAUUUUGUAUGCCCAAAAAAAAGUAUUCCAAAGGGAGGUUGAACAGCCUUCUUAAGAUUGUAAAUGUGAAUGUUUUAUAAGAUUUUAUAGAUGUUUUAUCAAUGAAAUGAACCAUUUCUGUUUGUCUUUGAACACUUGUAAAUAUUUAAAUGGUUGAAUAAAGCCGUGUAUAUUUUUCAGCA